AUGGUUGAAUUGAAGCAGAAAAUCAUCAACUCUCUAUCUAAACUUUCAGACCGCGACACCCACCAGAUAGCCGUGGAGGACCUUGAAAAAAUUAUAAAUUCACUAUCAAAUGACGGUGUUUCGAUGCUCCUCAACUGCCUCUAUGACGCUGGCAAUGAUUCGAAACCCGCCGUGAAGAAGGAGAGCCUCCGUCUCCUUGCUGUUCUCUGCACCGCGCAUUCGGAUCCCUGCGCGACCCACUUGACAAAAAUAAUUGCCCACAUUGUGAAGAAGCUCAAGGACUCAGAUUCACAGGUCAGGGAAGCAUGCCGCGAGGCUAUUGGUUCGCUUGCUACGCUGUACUUGAAGGGCGGCAAUGGCAGUGAGGGAGUUGUUUCGCUAUUCGUGAAGCCACUGUUCGAGGUUAUGAGUGAAAAUAACAAGACUGCGCAAGGUGGGGCGGCAAUGUGCAUUGCUAAGAUGAUCGAAUGCGCCUCCGACCCACCUUUGCCUGCGUUUCAAAAGCUCUGCCCGAGGGUCUGCAAAUACUUGAAUAGCCCCAAUUUCAUGGCAAAGGCUUCACUAUUGCCAGUUUUAUCGAGAUUAUCCCAGGUUGGCGCAAUAGCACCACAAAGUUUGGAAACCUUACUGCAAAGUAUUCAUGAGUGCCUUGGCAGUUCAGAUUGGGCUACUCGAAAGGCUGCAGCCGAUACAUUAAAUGCUUUGGCACUUCAUUCAAGCAACUUGAUCGCAGACAGAGCUGCUUCCACGUCGAAUGUGCUCGAGGCUUGCCGGUUUGACAAGAUAAAACCUGUCAGAGAUAGUAUGACAGAGGCUUUGUUGCUUUGGAAGAAAGUUGCAGGAAAAGGAGAUGAAUCUUCAGAUGACCAAAAGGCUUUGUCUCAUGAUGGCAAAGCUUCUGCAUCAGCUGACCGUCUUGAGAAGAAUGAUCAUCCAAGUCUUGAGGAGAGAAGAAGUGAAAAAUUUGCAAAGGACUCAUCCAGUGGAUCUUCGCCUGCCGAUUCUACUUCCAAAGAUAAGGGUAACAGCAUUUCAGACAAGGCAGUUGGGAUACUGAAGAAGAAGCCCCCAGCGUUAACUGACAAAGAAUUUAACCCAGAGUUCUUCCAGAAACUUGAAAGGAGGGGUUCAGAUGAUUUGCCUGUAGAAGUGAUUGUCCCUCGUCGGUGUCUUAAUACUUCAGAUCUGCCAAAUGAGGAAGAGUCAGAGUCAAGUGAUAUGGACUCGAAGGGAAGGAUGGGGAAAUUCCAGCCAGAUGAUGAACACGUUAAGAUAAAUUACAAAAACUUGGAGAGAGGAACUUCUGGUUCAAUAUUUAGGGAAAGGCACAUAGGUGAUAGGAGUGAUGCAAAUCAGAGGGAGUCAUCCAGCAUUCAUGCAGAUUUUUCUAAAAAUCCUAGUCAAUCUGAGGGAUUUAUGAAUAAUAAAGGAAAUUGGUUGACUAUUCAGAGGCAAUUGUUACAGUUAGAGAGGCAACAAUCCCAUCUCAUGAAUAUGUUGCAAGAUUUUAUGGGAGGGUCUCAUGAUAACAUGAUGACCCUUGAGAACAGAGUACGGGGUCUCGAGAGAGUUGUUGAAGACAUGGCACGAGAUUUGUCAAUAUCAACAGGUAGAAGAGCCGGAGGUGUUAUGGCUGGAUUCGAGGGUUCUUCCAGUAGGCAUCUAGGAAAGUAUAAUGGCUUCCCAGAUUACUCUACUUCCAAGUUAGAAAGAGGUAGUAACGAUGGGCGUAUUCCAUUUGGGGAGAGAUAUGCAGCAUUUGAUGGUAUUUCGCCAGGCAUGCGAGGUAGGGGCCCAUCUUGGAGAUCUGACACACACACACCUGAUGCUUCGUACUUCCAUGCGUAUGGUAAGAGCGGACAAAGGAAAAUGGCAGGUGGCGGUACUGUAGAUGUUAGGUCCUCUAAAUCGGAAAAUGAGACUGAUCAGGUCAGCGGCAGGAGAGCUUGGGAAAAAGGAACUGGACCUGUUAGGUUUGGUGAGGGGCCUUCUGCUAGAAGUGUGUGGCAAGCUUCAAAGGAUGAAGCAACUUUGGAAGCUAUUCGGUUUGCUGGCGAAGAUAAUGGAGAUUCUCGAAGUGCUCGAGUAGCUAUACCAGAAAUGGAAUCUGAAGCAUUAGAAAAUGAUGGUACAUUGCAAGAACGUGACCCCACCUGGACUUCUUGGAGCAAUGCAAUGGAUGCACUUCAUGUUGGUGAUAUGGAUUCAGCUUUUUCUGAAGUUUUGUUAGCUGGAGAUGAUCUAUUGCUUGCAAAGCUCAUGGACAGAUCAGGCCCUGUAAUUGAUCAACUAUCGCUUGACGUGGCAACUGAAGUUUUGCAUGCUGUUGCACAGUUUUUCCUGGAGCCAAACUUGUUUGACAUCUGCUUAUGUUGGGUUCAACAGUUGGUGGAUAUUGUGAUGGAAAAUGGGCCUGAUGUGCUGGGCAUUCCCAUGGAAGUAAAAAGAGAAAUUUUGUUGAAUUUACACGAAGCUUCUUCAUCGGUUGAACUACCUGAGGACUGGGAAGGUGAAACUCCAGAUCAACUCUUACUGCAGUUGGCAUCAGCUUGGGAAAUUGAUCUGCAACACUUGGAUAAAUAG